AUGAAACGUUGAAGUAAACCUGUGUGUGUGGUGCCGGUGAAAUAUUUCUCGUAGCUAGGACGAGUCCCCGGAGGAGUCGUUGACGAAAAACUCACGAUGCCUGUGAAGAAAACAGUGCCAAAAACAUCAUAGAGACUACAAAAUGAAGCCAACACAUAUUAUAAUACUGUGAAUAAAACUCAUGACAACGAAACCCCAUCCGACAGCAGACCAAAUAAAAUAAUGGGUCUUCAAAGGUGAUAAUUAUAGAAAAUGGCCAACGAAAGACUGCCAUUGCACAUUUGUAAUUCAAUUAAACAAUACGUUACACAAAUCAGAAUAACUAAACAAUUAUCAAUCCAAGAUAAAGUCAAUCUGCUGAUAUUGCUGGUAUUGCUCUUAACCCAAAAUAGUAUGUGCAACGGAUUUAACAGCCGUAAUUCGAUGCUGAGGACCAGAGUAAUCGGCACUCGCUACGGAAAACUCCAAGGGGUAAUUUUACCUAUGGAUCAGCACAAGUACUUGAAACCUGUCGAGGCGUACCUCGGGGUGCCAUAUGCCACACCACCCACAGGCUCUAACAGAUUUGCACCAACACGAGCUCCAGCACCAUGGGAUGAGGUGAAAAUGGUGGACCAAAUGGGACCAGUCUGCCCACAGAGACUGCCGGAUAUUUCGAACGAGACCUUAGCUUUAGAGAGAAUGCCAAAGGGACGGCUGGAAUACUUAAGGAGAUUGCUUCCUCGGCUUAAGAAUCAGAGUGAAGACUGUCUAUAUAUGAACAUCUAUACACCAGUUCAAGUUGGGCCAACGCUCCAAGCCAAGUACCCAGUAAUCGUUUUCAUUCACGGGGAGUCUUUCGAAUGGAAUUCCGGUAAUGUUUACGAUGGCUCCGUGUUGGCUAGCUACGCUGGAUUAGUUGUAAUCACCAUCAAUUACAGGCUCGGUAUCCUUGGAUUUCUGAACGCCAAUCCUAUACCACACCUUAAAGCCAGAGUGGCAAACUACGGACUAAUGGACCAAAUAGCAGCCUUGCACUGGGUUCAACAGAACAUCGCGCUUUUUGGAGGGGAUUCUGGCAAUGUAACCAUGCUUGGACACGGCUCAGGAGCGGCUUGUAUCAAUUUCUUGAUGAUAUCUCCAACUGUCAUGCAAGGUUUGUUUCAUCGAGCGAUCCUUCUGUCGGGGUCAGCGUUGAGCUCAUGGGCGUUAGUAGAAGACCCAGUCAGCUAUUCCGUCCAAUUAGCGAAGCAAUCCAACUGCACUCUACCUGAAGACAUAGUCAAAGAUCAUGAGCUAAUAGUGGACUGUCUAAGAGAAGUUCCACUAGAAGAGUUGAUGUCAGAAGCAAUCAAUACACCGAGUUAUUUAACUGCUUUUGGGCCAUCAGUUGACGGUGUGGUCGUCAAAACAGAUUACGCCAAAGAACUCUUAACUUAUUUCAUACCAAACGACCUUCAAGGGUUCACCAGCGUGUCAGGAGUGAAUAAUUUCAAAGCUGACAAACGGAGUGGCGAUAGGAUAUUUGGAAUCAGAGGUGGCCAAAAUAAAUACGAUCUUCUAUUCGGCGUUGUGACCAGUGAGGCACUGUGGAAAUUCUCCGCUCAGGACAUUCAAAACGGCUUCGAGGGUGAAAGGCGGGACAGAAUAAUAAGAACUUACGUAAGAAACGCUUAUACAUAUCAUUUGAGUGAAAUAUUUUUUACAAUUGUGAACGAAUAUACUGAUUGGGAGAGAACAGUACAGCACCCAAUCAAUACAAGAGAUGCAGCUGUUUUGGCGAUAUCAGACGCCCAGUAUGUGGCUCCACUGGUCCAAACUGGUGAUUUCCUAAGUGUAGCCAAGAGCUCCCCUGACUCUGGACCGAACACGUUCUUUUAUGUCUUCGACUAUCAAACUAAAGAUGGAGAUUAUCCACAGAGAAUGGGAUCAGUCCAUGGAGAAGAACUGCCGUAUCUAUUCGGAGCUCCACUGGUUGAAGGCCUCGGACACUUUCCAAAGAACUAUACGAAGUCCGAAGUUGCACUAUCGGAGUCCUUUAUACAAUAUAUUGCUAACUUCGGACGGAGCGGAAAUCCCAAUGAAGCCCAACGCAUGGAAUCUAUACUUCCAAUAUCAAGAGAAAGAAACAAAUAUAAAAGUAUAGUUUGGGACGAAUACGAUACUUUACAUCAAAAAUACUUGGAAAUCGGAAUGAAGCCUCGGAUGAAAAACCAUUACCGUGCCCACCAGCUGUCGGUUUGGCUGCGUCUAAUCCCGGAAAUCCACAGGGCGGGGAUGAAGGACGUGGUCGCCAAACACAACCUUUUCAGGAACCACAACGACCCCGAGCUGUACGACGGUUUAGUGCGGCCCGAUCCCCUCACCCGGGCAAACUACUUCGAUCCGACGCUCGAGCUCUACCGCAAACCGAUUUACAACGUAACAUUGGACGUUCCGUCCACUACAAUGGACACUUACGUCACUACAUGUAUCAGCGUUAUGUCCGCUCGUCCGGGCUCGGCGGUCACACAGAGCCAAGCUCCGAACAACACGCACACUCAGGACGUCUCGAACCUGGAAGUGGCUGGUUACACGGCCUACUCCACAGCGUUAAGUGUUACGAUAGCGAUCGGUUGUUCCCUGCUCAUCCUGAACGUUUUAAUAUUCGCUGGAGUUUAUUACCAAAGAGAUAAAACGAGAUUGCAGGUCAAGGCCUUGCAGCAACAGCAAAAGAGGAAUCAUAAUUCGACUUUCGAUAGCGUAUCUUCAAAGCACCCUCAUUAUUUUGUGGGACAUUCUCAGAGCUCGAGUACGAUCGUGGACAUCGACCAUCAAGACAAAAACGCUAUCAUAGCCAUGACGAAUAGGGUGCCCCAUUUUACGGGCACAAAUUGCCCGAACGUUUGUCACACGGGAAUACAAAUGUCCAAUCUGACGCAAAAAUCGAGUCCUCCAUCGAAUCGAGGUCAAUGCACGACAUUACCCAGGAAAGUGGGGUUCAGUUACCAGCAACCGAAUCAGAUUUGUAACGCGUCAAACUGCAUGACGCUACCUAAGAAUGCUACAUUUAGUGCUAAUAAUUUACCUGAUGUUCAAGCACAGACUGGACAGUCACAGAGUGCUGGGAACGGUGUACCUCCAUCUUCGCCCCAAGCCCAGCACUUCUCCCAAAAGCCAAGAGUACCUCAAGCAGCGAUGUCAGAAAUGAACGUAUGA